AUGGAACCAAUUGAUGAUUUGCUUUCUGAUCUAACUGAAGCAUUCAAAACUCAGAAGGAGGACUUUCUUGAGCUGGUAACAUUGAUUGAUAUAUAUGGGGAGCAAAUUGACCAAGAAGGAAAUUAUGAAGAAAAGGUGAGAUAUAUUGAAACUUUAAACAAAUUAUUAGAAGAUAAUCCAAGUGUUAUUGGUGAAAUUGGUUGGGAUUUACCAAAAGGAUUAUUGAAAUUCCUGUCGAAGGAUAAUAUUGACGUUAAUAAAAGAUUGGGCAGUAAUAUGAUUGUUCAAGGUGUGAUGAAAAGUUUCUAUGCAAUUUCGAUCCAUGGCGAGCCAAAAAAAUGUCUCCUUACUGGUUUAGAAUUGCUUUCAUCCAUUCCUGUCGAAGAUGUAUCCAAAAGAGACCAACAAAAUAAGGAAGAGUUUAUUGAUGAAAAGGAAAAUACUGCAACCCCUGGAGAAGCGAUUCAGAUUGACUCUGAUCUAAAUGAUUCUUCGCAUUAUGGUGAAAGGAAAAAUUCAAGAGAAUUCUUUUUGACGUUAAAAGCCUACAUCCUAUUUGAAUUCAUUGGUGCGAGUCUCAAAAGAAUUUCUACUCUUUUUCCUUCAAAAUAUCUUGGCGCUGCUGUAACAACAAUAGAAAAAUUUGUGCUAAAUCAUGGUGAUUCGUUCGAAGAUGCUCUUUUCCUUCUUCGCAGGGUGUACACAUUCUGCAGAAAUUAUGUCCCUCCCAACCCACCAAAAGAUAUACAACUGGACGAAGACUUUACUCGAGAGAGGUUGGAUAAAGUUGUUGAGAAAGAGAGUGAAUUGCAAGUCAGACUGUUGCGUAGACUUUGUACUUUUGGAAUUUCAACGCCUAUCAAAACUAUUAACACUAAUACUGAUGUAAAAUAUUAUUGCGCGCUAAAUCAUCAAAAGUUCCAAUUAUCGGUAUAUCAUACUGAAUUUCUUGAGUUGUUUUGCAGGUAUUAUCAAAUGGCGUUUUCUCUUGAUGUUGAUGUAGAGAAGGAAUUUCAAAAAGUGAUAGAAGAAUGCAAAAUUAUCUACAGGUCUGUACCCCCGGAAAUUUCUGCUGUUAAUGAUGAGGCAAAGUUAGUCUUGGAAAGUAUGGUGUAUAAAUUGGCUUACACAUUCGAAGUACAAAAAGCAGCAAACGAAAAAAAUGUCGGCUUAGACUCUAAUGGUGUUCUAUUAUUUUCUGGUAUCCACUAUUUGGAAACCAAUCAGCAUUUAGUGAAGAGAAUAACUAUAACGGAUGCCAUUUAUCUGUACUUGAGAUUUACAACCCCAUCAUUAUAUUCCAAAGUUUACUAUAAUGUAGCUGUCGAAUCAGUCAGCCGUUACUGGCUAUGGUAUGCAAUUACAACUCAACCCUUGAAGGAUGUCAAAACAGAAUUGAAAAAUCUUUCAGUGUUCGUCACAAAAGCAUUGUUGCAUGUCUUACUUCAAAAGAAUUGUAUUCAAGUCAAUCACCAGUUGCGAAUGAUAUCUUUCACUCUUCUCACCAGAUUACUAUGCUUGAUUCCCGAGUCAGUUGCAUUUGAUUUUAUUCUGGACGUGCUGAAGACGUGUCCUUUUCCGUUGGGUAAAACGUCAAUACUGUGUGUUCUGAAAGACCUUUCGAGGCAACGCAUUUGCACAAAAGAUAAUAGCCCGCGGAGGAGGUCAAUUAGCGAAGAGUUUUCAGAAUUGGGAAUUAAUGAUGAUCAGAGAUCUACGCAAAGUAAUAUUAGAUGCUAUAUUCAAUUAAAUUCUUCCAAAAUGAAAGCUGUCCACGAUUGUUGCGUUCAGACUAUUCGAGAUUCUUUUACGAUAUACACUAAAAAGAGCAAUAUAUUAUUAUUACUUACUUACUUGAAUUUUUUCACUGUUUUGAGAGAACAGUGGGAGAAAGAUCUGUUGAAGAUUGUUUAUUCGAUGAUUGAUUUUAAUUUGAAAUCAGUUGUACCUGAUAAACUCUCGGACUAUAAGGAAAUUAUAGAUAGAAAUGAAUCAUUAAAUGAUUAUUUGACCGGUAAAAAAUGA